AUGCAGAAAUGUCUGUUGCCUGAUAACUGCAUGGCAGUCAAAUCAUAUAGAGUAUGUUGGACUGACUUGCACAUAUACAAUGGUGAUUAUGAUGCUAGGAUGCCUGUAGUAACAGGACACGAGACCAGCAGGAUUGUCGACAAGAUCGGUGCAAAUCUUAUAGAAUUCAAAAUAGCAUCCCCCACCCUACUAACCUCUAUUCAUAGAAUACUUAGUGUAUCUUUUCAGUCGCAGAAGGAAGCUCUAGGGAGCUCUCAACAUAAGCCCAACAAAGCGCAAUCCUGUACCUUGACAGAAGCACCAUUUGAUAAUGGUGAGUACCUAUGGAGAAUCCAUCCCGUCAAAUACAAGUUCACCUCAACAGGUAUAUGUGAUCACGUUUCUGGUAUUUUUUUUUCCUUUCCUAGAACAUGUGCUUAUGCAGAAUACUACCUGGAUAGGAUGCAUUAG